GCUUAUAUGAACAUUCCCGAAUGAUAUGCGGUAUCAAUCCGCCAAAAAAACCAUCUAUUAACAGUGGACAACAAACAUGGGUUUUGGAGUACACCAGUGUUUCGGCUAAUCCUUUUUUCAAAGUCCGAAACUUUUCACCUAAAAAAAAAUUCCCGUUGAUUAUAGUAUUCAUGGAAAUUGACGAUAACAAG